GCGGGAGAUUCGGCGAGGGCGGUCCCUGCGCGCCCCUCCUGCCGCGGCCGCUCUUGGUACGUUCCGGGGACAGAAUGGCAGCGGCAGUGGGCAGUUCCAAUGGAAUCCUGCGAGAGACCGUCCGGCGCUGCAUGCGGGGCACGCUCGCCGCGGCCGGCUGCCUGAGCUGCCCGCAAGGAGGUGCGUGAAGGGCGACAGGUGGGGAGGCUGCAGGGGAGAGGAAGGGACGCUCUAUGGAACGCGCCGAUCCGACCUUGUAAUCGGAGAACUGCAUAUCCCAUCGUCCACUGCGGCGCCAUAAGCCAAAGUUUUUUUACUGUGGCGGAAUGGUGCACGCUGGGGGUUGUAGUCCCGAACGUGACGUCGCAGGAAAGGCCUGAUGUGCUCAACCCAAAGUCCUUUAGGAUGGGAGAACCUGCGUGGUUGCGCUCCGCGUGUUUCAAGCGCCGGGCUUUUCUUCUCUCUUGUUUAAUCACCUAGGGAUGAAUGUGGAACGCCCUAGGUGACAAAAAAAAAUAAAUCCUUCCAGUAGCACUUUAGAGACCAACUACGUUUGUUAUUGGUAUAAGCUUUCGUGUGCAUUCAUCUGAAAAAGUAUGCAUGCACACGAAAGCUCAUACCAAUAACAAACGUAAUUGGUCUCUAAGGUGCUACUGGAAGGAAUUUUUUUGUUUGUUUGUUUCAACUCCGGCAGACCAACACGGCUACCUACCUGUAACUAGCCCUAGGUGACGACCAUUGGAGCCUGUUGCGUGGAGUGUGUACAGCCUAUGAGAUCCACAGAGAUCUUCCAUCAGGCGGCAGAGAGAAAGUGAAAAGGCGCCAACAGGGAUAGCCGCAAAUAACUUAACCCAGCGUGUUUUGUAUUUGAGAAGAGUUUUAACGCAUUUGAAAUAAAUGCUGCCUUUCCCAGUGAAUUCAGAAGGGGACAUUGUUCAGUGUUGGAGCACGCUGUUUCUCAAUAAACCUCUGCAUGUGCAUCAGCAUUUUUAAUUAUUGCAUUUGCUAGUUGCUGCCCAUGAAACAUCCUGAAGCAACUGAAAAGUAAAAACAUUUUCAAGGCUAGUAUAGGAUACAUAGUCGUAUCCAGUGUUAGCUGAAAAAGCCUGCUGAGCUAGUGGAGCAGCAGCGUUGGCUAUGACCCAAUGGCUCUACUCUGAGUAGAACCACAGCUGUCUACUCAUCAUACCUUUUCCCCCCUUCUGCCUGCAUUGCAGGGGGUUGGACUAGAUGACCCUCACGGUCCCUUCCAAUUCUAUAAGCCUAUGAUUCUAAGCUUCUGUUUUUAGCCCUGUGCACUAUUAUAUUUCUCUGUUCCGGCUUAUGAGGGCUAAUGCUUGGUUAUGAUCACUUGAUGGUGAUGGUGGUAGUUAGACAAAGGGCAGCUAAUUAUAGGUGUGCCUCCUUGGUCCAUGAUGUCCAGCCUGUGACAUCUUUCUUUCAAACAGACAAGUUAUUGAAAUAGUUAACAGUUAGCAAGGGAAUCCUCUAACUGGAGCAGGCCUACUUACCUUGCAGAAGAGGAGCUGCAGAGAGGGGUGCUUUUCAGCUGUGACUUUCAAAAGGCAUGUACCGUGAGGUGAAACAUGGGCAAAGCAGGAGGUAUAAGUGAGGAAGGAUAGGAAGGCAUCAGUCAAUAUAAGUCUGCACCUGAGAAAUAAAAUACAGAAAAGCAAACAUAUUUAUUGUUACAGGUAGGUAGCCGUGUUGGUCUGCCAUAGUCAAAACAAAAUAAAAAGUAAAAAAAUCCCUUCCAGUAGCACCUUAGUGACCAGCUAAGUUUGUUAUUGGUAUGAGCUUUCGUGUGCAUGCACACUUCUUCAGAUAUUCAGAUAUUUAUUGUGUCAUGUGCUUUUAUAGGUUAGAACAGACUUUCUAAGCUUAUCCAAAUAUUACAAGAGAACGUUUACAGUUAUUGAGUAGAAGAAUAUUAUAUCUGCAUAAGGGAUGUGAGUCCCCACCAUUCUCCUUUAUGUUAGUAGGUGAAAGUAUGAGCAUUUCUGAAACGGAUAUACAGUACAAAGCAUCCUCUUUCUUUACACAGCCUAAGGUUUAAAUAGAUACUAUUAUUGAAACCUUAAGUGUAUGGUGUAUUCUGAAUAUCUCUCUUUUCCUCCCUUUCAUUUUCAGCCAAACGUUAUUUGUUAACAGAAGAUGUUUUGCAAUUACAUGCAUUUCAGCAGCAUAAGUUGGAAGUGGGAUAUAAACUAUAUGGCGAGAAAGGUAAGCCCUUCAGGGAAAUGUUGGUCUCCCAGGGUGAGAGGCUGGGAGGAGAAAGAAAAGAUCCCAGGUGAGAGCUGGGAGGGGCUCCAACCUUCUGUGGGUGGUAAUGACCUUUAAGAGGGGAUUCUGUACUCUUAUUUUUUGUAGCUGCUUUUGUUUUUAAUUUACAUUAGUUUUCUGUACUGUAUCAUGAAAAAAAACCUAAUAAAAAUCUUAAGAGAGAAAGAAAAAAGAAAGGUAGCCCUUUCAUGUAUACCAGAGGUGGGGAACCCAUAGCUCCCCAGAUGCUGUGGGCCUACAACAUCCUGAAAGCCUCCAAUUCCCCACCCCUGAUGUGUAUGCUUUACUUAACCAUUCACAAGUUAAUGUUGCAAAGCUUAAAGGCAAUCAGUGGUUUAUCAGAUACGGUUUUGCUAGUCAUCACAGGCUCAGAGCAAAAGCCAUAUUGAGGCUUCUCAUAGUUCUUGUACAUUGAGGAAUUCUCUGGUGUUUGGUAAUGCUCUCUGUCCUUUGCAUAACUGGUGUAUGCUCAAACGUCUCUUUAUCUGCAUCUGAGUUUCCAUCCCUUUAUUUAUUUAUUAGGAGUAUUUUAACAUCACAGUAAUACUGUAGUGUGGGGAUGGGGAAUCUGUGUCCCUCUAGGUAUUUGUUCGACUCCAGCUUCCAUCAGUCCCAGCCAGCAGGGCCAAAUAGUCAGGGAUGAUGGGAAUUGUAGUCCAUCAACAUCUGGACUACAUCCCUGCCAGAACAACAUCGGACAAUAAAAACAAAACAUGUUCUCAAAAGAGGGCAAGCUUUUUGUGGGAAACUGCAGGUUCUAUCUUUGUUUUGAGCAAAUACCGUAUUGGCCCGAAUAUAAGACACACCCGCAAAUAAGUCACACCUUUUAAAUUAAAGGCUUAUUUGCAGAUGAGGCCCGCCUCCUGGCACUGCCACCCUGAAUGGGGGAUGGGAGGGUGGGCGCUUACUUCUGAGCAUGCUGUGCGCCCGCCUCCCAGCACUACCACCUCCCCUGUUCAGGGCAGUAGUGCCAGGAGAUGGGCGCACAGCGCUUGGUUCCAACUAUAUGCUGCACUUUAACUUUUCACAGUAGGAAUUUGGAAAAAAAGUGUGGCUUAUAUUUGGGUCAAUACGGUAUGUGCUAAAUGUCCUUUGUGGUUGGCUGGGGAGCAAGGGUUCACAUUCCUCCUGGGCAUCACCCAGGCACUAGGGUCCAGGCACUAGACUUGCCCCCAGUAGAUGAUCACUACUUAAGGGCAAAGCUAUUACAAUGUGACGUGUGAGGGCAGAUGUUUUUGUGGGGGUGGGUGGGAAACCCAGUACGCUCUACAACUAAUCCGGCCAUGACUACCGUAACUGGGAUAAGGCAUGUAAACUGACAUUACGAUUUUUCUAUAUAACCUAAAUACAAAUAAAGAUAUACUAUUAAUUCUGUUUCAGACACAUAUUUCAAAACUAUUGAAGACAAGUUAGCCAAAAAUAUGCUAAUUCUCAGAGAUGAAUUGAAAUUGUUGCUUCAUUUGUGCCAGACGAAAGAAGAAGUGAAAAUAGUCAAGAGGGUGAUAUACAGGUAAAAUUCAAAAGAACAUAUUCUGGUUCCUUCUUUUGCAUUUCCUUUAGUCUAGAAUAUCCUGGACCAUGCGACAGUUAGUAGGGAACUUGGAUAUUUUUAACAGGAUCAGCCUUAAUACAGUUACACUUCAAAGUUUUCAGUCCAUGCCUGAGGUCAUUGGGUUGUACUCAGCAUAGCACUAAAGUGGGCUUUCCAUCAGUGCAAAGGUUUGUACUUGUGCAACAGCAUGAUCUCCUCCCCCCUUGUACCCCUUAAAACCCUCCAGAACAAAAUUGAGAUGGCAUAGGGCAUGCAUACAGGGAUCCCAGUGUGCUGGCAGAAAUAUUUUGUUGACUAGUACCCACUGGACAAAUACAUUUAAAUCUAAGUAAAGUAACAUGAUUUGCUUGUGCCUGCCUAUCCAGGUUUGUCAUCCUGAAAUGCUGUUGCUGUGAAGCAAAUGCAAUUUUAUCAUAAAGUUAAUCAAGUUGAUUAGGUUGAAUCAGCCAAUAAACGCCACUGAUGUCAAUGAAGAACAGCAAAUUGGGAACAGAAUUACUGUUCAAUCUGCAAGUAGAUGUUGUGAAACACGAAAUACUGACUAGAAGAAGAUAAUUAAUUAGAAUCCCGUGCCAUCUUCCAAAAUUAGUAUUAUGCCUAUGGCAGAGCAAAGGAUUAAUUCUGAACAGGGCUGGCCCACCCUUGAGGCAAGGUACGGCAACUGCCUUAGGCGGCAGGAUCUAUGGAGCAGCAGACCUUCACUCCCCCGUUGUUCCUGAUGUAGCUCUUCACUAACCCCUUCUUCCCUGGUGGGGAAGGAGGUGCCGUUUUGCUGUUCACCUCAGGUGCCAAAAUGUUUUGGGCCUGAUCUUGAAAGAUAUCAUUUCUCCUCUUUGUUAUGUUGCAUCACAUGGUAAUUCUGUGCAAUGGCUCUGAUCGGUUUUCUAGUCCCAUACAAGCAGGCAGCAAGUAACUCUGUGCAUGUAGGUUCCUUUCAUUUAGACUACCUUGUUUCUGCUUUUAUCUUUACCUCUGCUCUUUAAAACUAGAUUGCCACACACACAACAAAUUCCAUGUCAUCUCUACAGGUACCAUGCUGAGAACAAAAAUGUGGCCUUUGGUGGUUUCAAAUUUGGUCCUCUUUUUAUGAGGCUGUGUUAUGAAAUGAAUCUUGAAGCAACGGCACUGGAGCUCAUCAAAGACCAGGUAGAAUUCAGAAACACGCCCGUCUCUUUUCUUCUCUAGUCCAGUAGGAAAUCUUCCCUAUACCAGCUCCCUUAAAUCCAUGGUAGUUGUGAAAAGUAUAUAGAUAAAUAAUAAGCACAGAGGCUUCUGGGAGAGGGUCACUUUGCUCUUACCAGAGUUUUGAACUGAUUACACUUUCCCCACCCCUUCCAAUGGCUUUUUCCUCCCACCCUCCUCUCCCUUUCUCCCCCUGCUUGCAUGAAAUUAGGCCAAAGAUUGCAAAUUCCUCACUGCUUCCAUGAACACCCAUUUGUGUGUGUGGGAGGGGGGACACUCUGCUAUGGUUUACAUGCCAUCAUGUAAUAUGAAUAAACAAGCAAACAGCUUGUGCUGCAUUGGAAAGAAAAUUCUCGUUUCCCUCGUGGAUCUUUCCCAUUCUUACAAAGGAUUGUUUUUAAAUGGUAGGAAUAAAAUCACUGGAGAAAUGUGAUGAACGUCAUAUUUUUCUCUCUUAAUGUGGAGGUGUAAAGCUGGAACCCAAAGGGCUUUGGAGCUUUGUGGUUUCCAAAAUCUAAUCCUGAAGGCUGGAGGAAGUGCUAAAUAUUAUUUGUUGUUGUUUAUUUAGCAAAAGAUUGGCAGUAUUUAUUUUUUAACCAAAGCAGAUAUCUUUAUUCAAAAAGCACAAAUGAAGAGAGUGAGAUCAAAGGAGAAUUUUUUUUAAAAGUUAAAAGAAGAAAGAGAAACAAGAUAAAUGAAGAAGAAAUUUAAAGGUUUGCAUUAAUUAAAUGGGGGGGGAAAGUUUUUUUUUUAAAAAAAGUUGUUGUUUUGAAGCUGUUGUCUCCUACAGGCCUUAAUAGAAUGCUAACUGUCAGGAGUUUGAAAAUGAAAUUUUAAGACCCUUAAUUUUGCCUCCCAAGCUUUGAGGGUUCAAUGGCUUCAGUUUGAACUAUUAAUUGGGUGUUGCUAUAACCAAUAUCUGUGGGUUGUCCCAAACUGAUGUUAUUUAUAUUCUUCAGGCUUUGCACGGCUUCUUUUCAGAAAGCUCAUCAUUCAAUAUUUUGAUGGAUAUGCUCUUUACGAAAGGUCAUUAUGAAAGUAAGUAGCGUAAGAUCCCUAAAAAGGAAUAUAUUAUUGACAGCGAAACUGUCUUUCUGAUAUGAAAAAAUAGAAUAUUAAAGUGCUAUAAUUGACACUGAAUUGGUUGAUCUUUUGAGCUGGCAAAACCUGAUGUGAUCACUCAUGGGUGUUAAAAGAGCUGAAACACAUUUUGCAAAUAUAAUUGAAGAGUACUCAUUAAGCACUUGAUCUCUCUCAUCAAAUGUAAUCAUACAACUCAUGAUUAGGGCUUUUAUGGAUCUUUUUUGGUAACACUUUUUCAUCUUCUAACUUCCUGCCUUUGCUCUCAGCCAAGCAGCUGUCUUUCAUGAGCCUGGGAAUUUUUUUAUCGCUGCAAGAAAACAUGCUAUAUUUUCUGAACACCACAUAUUUUCACCCCCACCCCAUCUCACCCAGGUGCAGUGUGAUCUACUUGUCUACUUGGAGACAAGAUCCUUUGAGUUCAGUGGAGUUAACUUUUAGGCAAACGUGCAUAGGAUUGCAACCUAAAGAUUGCAAUCCGUACACAGACUUGGGAGAAAAUGCCACCAACCUUUUGAGGAAGCACAUAUACAAAGGAGCUGCAUGCUGGGGGUGGGGAUGUUUAUUUAAAAUCGUAUUCCUUUUUUCAUAACAUCUCAGAGCUUUGUACGUAUUUUCAAAACAAUAAAAACCAAAGCUCCAAUUUUAAAGUACAGUUACAUACAACAACCAUCAGGUAAAAAACAGUAGAGAACAAAAGAAAUCAGUAGCUCAGUGGCAGAAGGUUUUCUUAAUCAGAAGCAUCUUAGGGAGCAAUCCUAUGGCGAGAUCCACUGCAAUGAGCUGCUUAGGAUGCAACAGAUAUUAAGCUUAGCUGGUUGAUUCCAUGUUUAGCUGGCAUUAAGUCCCUGGUGAUGAUGCCCAGCUGAUGAUGCGUGAUUUGCCAGUGAAAUUUGCUCAUCCCAGCUCAGCUGGGGUUCAUCUGGCUGAGGCUGAUGCAAAUCCGCAAAAGGGAGUGUGGUGGGGGCAUAGUGGGGGUGGGAAUGCAGGGCUUAGGCUAAGCCUGUUCAGCUCAGUCACAUGGCCUGGCAACCUGGCACAGAGCACUAUUUAGGAGGCUUGUUUUCCCUCUGCCAGGUUUAGGCAGAGCAGCAGCAGCCUGGUGCCGAACAUAGUAUGGACCUGGUAUGCCAGUUUUACUCACCCUGGCUUGCUUGAUGCCAGCUUCUUGUAGAAUCAUAGAACUGUAGAGCCAAAGGGUCACCUAAUCCCAGCCCCUGCAAGGCUAAAGAAUCCCUGACAGAUGACCAUCCAACCUCUGUUUUAAAAACCUCCAAUAAAGGGAGAGCCUACCACAUUGUGAGGGAGUCCAGCCUCGGAGGUAGUCCUGUGAGUAGGGUUGUUCCCUUCAUCUGUCUUCCAGAAGACAACAGGGAGGGAGCUCUUUGGAGACAGAUUCCCAAAGCUUCGGAACUACUGCAUUGGACUCUUUGCAAACAGGACACAGUUCUGGUCACCAUAACUUCCUCCUACAAAGAACAUGCACACCAUAUCAUUGAUGAAAGGUUAAUGGGCUUGUGUGAAAUGUGCAGUUUUCCUCUUCAAAUAACCAUGAGUGAUUCGAAAUGGAUCCUUUCCCAGAACAUGCCGUGCUAGUUGCUAAAAACCAUUGCUAUCAUUGGGGUGGGGGCAGGUGGGAGGUCAUUAUCUUUGUCACUUGUCACUGGUGCAAUCCUAUGUCUGUCUACUUGGAAGCAAGCGGUAGGACUGCAGCCUUAAUGCGCUAAAACCUAUGACAGUCUAAAAAGGCCCUUGACCACCUUUCCUAAUUUGUGUGUGCUACUUUAGGUAUGUUAGGAUGAAACCAUUGUAUCCAGCUAAAUCAUUCCCCUCCCGCGCACCUUUAAAAUCAGUUCCAGGGGUUCCCCCAGCCUUUAUUCAGAUUUGUGGGUGGGAAGGGAAGUUUGGUUGUGCUUGCACAAAUUGUUCUAUGUGUGCAGUGAUUUGGUUAGAUUCAACUCCAAGCAUAUAGUUUGUAUGGCAUUUUAUUCUGUCUAAGUCACAAUUGCUAAAAACUUAAUCAGUGAAAAUUGGCAUAUCUAGGAUUUUCCCCUAUUUUGGUUGUACAUACUAUAAAACUUCCAUUAAAUUUGCAUAGCCUUAGCAAGUGGAUUAUAUAAAGUGCUAUGCAUCUCAUCUGCAAAGUUUUUUUUUUGUUUUUUGUUUACAAAUGAUAAUUAUUUUUCAGAACUUGGCUCAGGGUUCUUAGAAGUGUUGUUAAUUAGCAGUUAAUACGCUAAUUAGAAAAUGAUGGAAGUAACAGUAACUGAAAGUCUGUUUGACAGGUGCUCUGGAAGUGCUGUUAGAGAUGAAGAGACAAGGUGUUAAAUUCAGCAGUGAUACCUAUUUGCUCGCAGUUGCGAUAUGCUACAAGCUGGUAAGAACACAUAGUGUUAAAGAAUUGCUUCUAGGGUUUUUUAAUGAAUGAAAGAUUAAUAUUGGAAAUGCUGUGAAACCUAAAGGUGGUUUUCUUUUCUUUUCUUUCUGGAAUAUUACUUAUUGAUUUAUAUUUAUUUCCAAAAAAUAAUGAAUGUAAUAUAUGGAGGCAGUGUACAGUCAGGCACUGUAAAACAAACUAAUAUUAAAAACAAUACAUAAAUAAUAACCAUAAGCAUGACUGGCUCACCCUGAGAAAGUUUAAACAACUCUGUAGGUCUGUAGGAAGUCUUCAAUAGAUAAAUGGAAAUUAUCAGUUUGGAUGAUGGUCAAAUCUCUGCUGGAAGAGUAUUCCAUAGCAUGGGACCAGUGGCAAUAAAUUCUUGAUUUCUGGUUGAAACUAGUUGGACUUCUGAACCACAGGGAACUCACUGCCCUUCUCAGGAUGGUCUCAGUGAUGGAGCUGGGAUAUAAGGGCUUAGUUGGUCCUUAAUGUAAACCUGGGGCCAAGUUAUUUAAGGCCCUUGUAUAUGUAUACAAGACCCUUGAAUUUGGCCCAGUAGUAUAUUGGCAGCCAGGCAUAUGUUUUAGCAGAGGUGUUGCAUGCUGUCAGCCAUCAGCAGUCUAGCUGCUGCCUUUUGAACUAGCUGGAGCUGCCAGACCAGUUCCAAGGGCAGCCCCACAUAGAGCAAAUUAUAGUCAUCCAGUCUCAAGGUACCAGUGCCUUGACUAAAGUGGCCAGACUUUCCUGAUUCAGAUAUAGCCAUAGCUGGUGUGCCAGGUGAAGCUGGUAUAGCCACAGAGGUCAUUUGCGUCUCUGAUGAGUAAAGUGUAUCCAGGAAUAGCCCCAGACUAUAUACCUGCUCCUUCAGAUGGGGUGCAACCCCAUCUAGGCAGGCAGUUGGCCUGGGUAUCAGACACACAACAGUCUUAACAACUUUUUUAGUAACUUUAUAUCUCGUAUUUUAAGCAUGCACCACUUACGGCAACUUAAGAGACGGCAUGCACAAGCAAUACAGUUGAACAAUGAAAAGUAUGAUAACCAGCAGUAGAUAAUAAGAUUGCUCUUGACUAAAGAGAUUAUGUGGCAAAGGGUUAUGUUUCAACCAAGAAGCUUUGAUUAGAACAAGAAGCUUUUAAGAUCAUUUAAACUUACCAAAUGCUGUUGCAUUCAGGUCCUGGGCUGCCUCUAAGGAUCUGAUUGGCCACUGUCAGAACAGAAUGCUGAAUUAAAUGGGCCAUUGAGCUGGUCUUAUGUUCUUAUAAACAUUUUAAAAUUGGGAGACAUUCCGUGUUUACAAAAUUAAUUUAAUUUUUUUUUUAAAAAAAAAGAUUGGGAGCCAUUUGGGGGCAAAAGAAAAGUGCAUGAGAUGCAUGUCCAGAUAUUUAUUCACUAGUUCAGGAGUCAUCUGGGUUUGCAUAAAGCUCGUGAUGCACAAGAGCACAUUCCUGUUUACCCCCCAGGCUCAGAUGCACUUACUCUAAAAUGUUUAUGUAGGAAUGGUUAAUAUAAUCUGUUGCGUUCACCUUUUUCUUUUUAUGUAAGGAGCUAAUCCCUAGUAUGCAUAAACAUCUAUAUCUCGUACUAGUAAAUAAAGCUUACAUUCCACAAAGACACAUAUAUAUGUUCCUUUCUGCAUCUGGAAGUGCCUUCUUCCCUUUAUUCCAAGUCUAAAGAAGCGCUAAAACUUCCACAGCCCAUCAUUCCACCUCAUGCAACUUUAGGAUGGAAUGCUCAUCACUUUUGGCAUGGGAGUCUAAAAAGUAUCGCAUUUUCAAAUUCUGUAAUCAGUGGGCUGCAUGUGUGUCUAGUGUAAACUUUCUGGAAAGCUUCGAAGUACCUUAACUGUUGGCACUCAGGCAGUAGGGCGGUGUCUUUAUCCAGUGGAUCUGAACUGUGAGUCAUUCAUGCAUUGAAAUCUUUUAUUCUACAGAACAACUCGGAGUCCAGAAGAAUUUUCACUACGUUACUUGAAGAUGGGCAGCUCAAAGGAGUUAAUAUAUCAAGAAGAGUUUACUACUUUGCAGUAGUAUUUGCUUUGAAACAGGUACUAGAUUGUUUUGAUUUAUUGUCAGGGUUCCUGGAAUCUCUGCAUGUAACAAUAGCAUGCACUCCAGGCUUUCUGGUUUCCUGGACCCAUUUCUCCCCCCAUUCCUAGGGAAACUUGAAUACACCGGUACUACAUAAACAAUUGUGGUAUGUCAUAUGCAUCAUACAUCAUUUUCUAGAAUAUUUAGGGGGGAGCGGGGGGAGCUUCCUACGGUACCCGUUUGGUUGGGAUAGGAAUCAAAACUGUAACUGCAUUUAAUAUAGCCCAUCAGCUUGAAAACUCAAAGUAAAUAAAAAGAAAGGGUCACAAAACGAACGACAACAGAUGGCUAGCUGGCACACUCUAGAUCAGAAGUGGCCCCUGGGCCAUCUUUAUUUGGCCCCCUGGUGGCCUUUAUGCACCAUUUUUGUAAGCAUUCUGGCAAAGGACCUCAGCCAGUCCGUCUCUCUCUAAAUCAGAUACUCAGUCCCCAGUCAGAGAUCUUAAAGAAUCCAAGCUCAUGUGCUGUAUAGCUGUGAGGUCCUUAAUAAUACCAACUUUAAUGAAAUGCUGAGCACAGCUUUGUUUUACGUGCACAGUUUGAUUUAUUGUCUCUGUUUAUUCUUCCUAGAAUGAUAUUUCCAGGGCUCGCUCCUUCUAUUCUCACAUCAUAAACACAGAAAGCAGAGUUUGCACUAAUCUGACAGUAAGUCUGCUGGAUUUUGUAUGUUACUCCUGAGCCAGGAAUGGGAAAUGCAUUUGGCUGCAUAGAAAUUUAAUUAGUUAAUUAAUAAUAAUAAUUAAAAAAAAAUGUGUGGGUUUUUAAAAUUAAAAAGGAAGGUUGUCCACUGCUUUGAACAACUUUAGACACACAAGAUGCUACUUCGUUUGAUGCUGUUCUGGAAAAAAAUCCAGUUCUCUUGGGGGUUUUCUGGAUUAUUUCCAAACGGUUUUAGGAUUGCUAUUUGACAGACCCUCUAAAUUGAAAGGGUAUGUUAUAAACGGCUACCUAGCUACUCCUCCUCACUUCUACAUACAAAUAACCGAAGAUUUGAAGUGUUUUAUCUUGUAAUGUGCUGGCAAAGCCUCUGAUGCUGAUGGAUGUUAAUUCAGUGAUGUCAUGGAAUAUAUUCAAACAUGUUGUCAACUAAGCAUUCCUUGACAGUGGAGCUGUGAACUCUAACACAGCCCAUCUUCAAUUAGAGAGGUGAAAGUUCAGUUUGGCUGAGGGAAAAUGCUCACACAGCCGCUAGGGACAGGAGGGGCCAUAAAAGGAAAGCUCAGUGGGGAGAGGACUAUGGUACCACUUAAACUCUAAGGAGCAAGGAGCCCAUGAACAUAGUAGUCAGAGGAAGGGGGCACAAUGUGGGAAAUAAAGAGAGCAACAGAGUCAGGUGAACUGAGGAAGAGGAAGGCAGAGGGGAUGGGAAACUGAGGAAAGGAUGAGUAAAUGAAAGUGAAAAAUACAAAUUGGCUGUAUGCUGUCGGCAGCGAAUGAGGCGAGCAGAAGACUGGAGUAAUCAGGCUGCAAUUAGCUAAAUUAAUAGCAAGUCCUGCUUCUUCUUUUCCCAGGCAUCCCCACGUCCCACUCCACAGUAUAUAAUUCAUAAUCCUUCUGAGUUGGUUUGUUAGAACAUACUACUCUACAUCCAGCAUGCAAAGCCGUUUUCCUUCGAAGUAAUUUAUUUAAUUUCAUUUAGGCACAUGUCCUCUCCAGGGAAGCCUCACAGAAUAUUUGGGGGAGGGGGGAUUCCUUAGAGAAUGUGCCAUUUUCAUGCUUUUAUUUUUUUUAAUUCCACAACGUUUAUAUGCCUCUUGAUUGUAAAAGUGGUAUGCAAAAAAACACACAAUAGCAUUACCAGUAGUUUGUUUUUUGUUUUUGUUUUUUAAACCAAGUAUUUAAAAAAAUCAUUUUCUUUCACUUGGGCCAUUGUGUUAUCUAUAAGGGCAAAGUAUUUGUCUGUUUUCACUGCCCCUUUUACUAACUAUUCCAAAUCCUCAUGGCUCUUAGAAAGGGGGAAGGGGAAAAAAGAUCUGUAUGUUUGGUGGGGAAAACAAUCCAUCCUUCUGACCUUUCAGGUUUCAGGGGCGUCUUUUGUUUUUACCUAAUCCAGAGCUUAUUAAAGCUUUAUUCAUUAAUGUUUUGUUUUGUUCAAGAUUCUUCUUCAGGUUGCAACUGGUGACCUAGAAGACCUUGUCCAGAGACUGAAAAAUGCUUCAGAGUCCAGUGUUUCAAGUUUUGUGAAAAAGCCAGAGUUCUGUAUGGAAGUGGUAAGUGGAUGGUUACUGUGGAAGCCAGUGGGUGACCAUCAAAAGUCUUCAUAGCAGAGGUAGGCCAUGUGUGACCUACCAGAUGUUGUGGGACUCAAACUCCCAUCAUCUCCUACCAGCAUGGCGAUUGGCCAGUAAUGAUUGGAGAUGUAGACUAGCCACAAAAGGAGGGGAGGGUCACAGGAUCUCCAUCUUUGCUGUACAGUGGUACCUCAGGUUACAUACGCUUCAGGUUACAUAUGCUUCAGGUUACAGACUCCGCUAACCCAUAAAUAGUGCUUCAGGUUAAGAAUUUUGCUUCAGGAUGAGAACAGAAAUCAGGCUCGGGCGGCGCGGCAGCAGCAGGAGGCCCCAUUAGCUAAAGUGGUUCUUCAGGUUAAGAACAGUUUCAGGUUAAGUACGGACCUCCGGAACGAAUUAAGUACUUAACCCGAGGUACCACUGUAUGUUUGUUCCCUUGUAUGCCCUAUUCUGAACUUCUACCCAAUAAAACGUUUCCCUGACCUUAUGGCAUGGGUCCAGGCUGUGGUGUGUGAUCAGUGGACGAGGGGGACUAGGGUAGCCCCCUAAAUGUUCCCCUGGCGCCACCAGCGUAAGGAAGGAGGUGUGAUGCUAACUUGUGUGACAUCAUAACAUCACACAUGUGAUGUCAGCCCCCACACACAAAAAAACACCUUCACAAACGGACACCUCUGGCCCUAAUUGCCACCCAACAAAAAGAGUCACCACACGCCACUGGGUCCAGGAACCACUGCUUCCAUUAUUUUAUACGUUCAAGAUAGCUGGGUCUGCUCCCUCCCACAAAGAUGAUUGGCCACACCCUGGAUCAUACCCUCUUUUUUGAGCUUUGAUCAGGCAAGAAGGUCAAGAGGUGUAGUGUGGGUGUGUAUAAGGUAAUGUUCUGCUUCUAGUUGCUGAUCUGUUUGCCAUUGUUUUCUCAUAGCUGGCUACAGCCAGAGAGAAGCUGGAAGACAUCCCAACUCUCCGUGUCCAGUUUGAAGAAAUCGUUGCCAAGCUGCAAGCCUCAGGACAGACCAUUUCUCAGACUCUGGAUGACUUGCUGUGUCAGCCGCCGCGCACAAAGAGGCGCCCCAUGCAGCUGCUCAAGCUGAACCAAAUGAGCCGUCGGACUUUGAAGCCUAUACACUCUGCUCUCCUGGCUGAGUAGAUCCAUCCUUUCCCCUGUUAGAAUUUCUACCCAAUAAAACAUCUCCCUGGCUUAGAAA